AUGUGUUUAAAUCAAGUUUAUUAUGGUGAUACAUGCACAAUGGAUGAAGCAUGUCGUCAAGAUAUUGGUCUUCAAUGUUCUUCAAAUUGUCAGAAAUGUAUAUGCAAUUCGACAGCUUCUUGGAACAAUGCAUCAUGUGUAAUUGGUCAAACAGUUUGUCCAAGUUCGAAGCCACCUGAUCCAUGUGUGGCAGCCUAUUGGCCACUAGAUGGUAAUGCCAAUGAUCUCACUAAUACACAUAAUGGUACAUUAGUUGGAAAUCCAUCAUUUGUGAUGGGAUACAUAGAUCACGCUAUACAGUGUUCUGGUACACCAUAUAUCACCGUGCCUUACAUUGAUUUUUAUCGUCGAAGUUUUUCUAUUGAAUUUUGGUUCUAUAUUAAUAAUCGUACGAAUGGCGAUAUAGGUUUAUUAGGCGAAUGUAUGAAUGGUACUAGUCACACAUGUCUUCAUUUAGAACUUAAGAAUGCUUCAAAACCAUUCAUGGGAUUUUUCUACGAUGACAGUGUAGGUUCCAGCAGUAUUGUAAAUUAUCAAUGGUAUCAUAUUGCAUUCGUCUACAAUAAUACUGCUAGACAGCGUCAAAUAUACGUCAACGGAUUGGUCGAAAAUAUCAGUUUGUCUAGUUCACUAUCUUCUACUGGUUACCUUGGUCAAUGUGGUCCAGUAACAAUUUGUAAAACAAUUACUUCGCCAUUAAGCGCCAUAACUUACAUUGAUCAAAUAUUUGUUACACAACGAGCAAAAACUGCUAACGAAAUCUUGAAUGAUGCCACUUUUAUCGCUUAUUAUUCAUUUGAUUGUGGUUCUAUUCUUGAUUCAGGUCCAAAUCUUCUUCAAAGUUUUGCAGUUGGACAAACAAUGAUCAAUGGUCGAGUGUAA